CACUCUGAUCGUGUACUCAUACAACCAUUGGAUGCUGCUCUUCGCCUUUGGAAUACGUACAGUGCUGAAUGAGAUUACAAUAUUUUAACCUAUUGGAAAUGUGGCUCAUACAAAAGAUCAGAGAAACGGUCCAAAAGAAUGCCUCCUAUCAAAACAGCUCACACUCUCCUUGCAAUGGUAGCACUUCUAAACCUCGCCUCUCACUACGACUGCACUGCAAUGUCUUGACUCCAGAUAAGAUUCCUGAAUUUUUUAUACCACCAAAACACACUCAGUCCACAGAGAGCUUGGAGCAGCUCCUGGCACAACAUAAGUCAGACUCCAGUCUGGUAGAAAACCAUUCCAAGCAUCUCGAAAAGGUUUCAUUGCUUUACACACAGUCAAAAACUCAGAGUAAAGACAGUGACAAUUUAGAAUUUAUGGAAACCAACAAUCAACACAUCAUAGAAAUUGACAGUAUUGAAGACAGUGACGUUCCCAGGAACAAGAUAACACUGAAGGAGUGUGAAACUUGCCCUUCAUCAGGAUGGCUUCCUGAUGCAGCCAGCUGCUAUGGAUUUACAGGUUUCUUUGAAAGCCCCAACACAAGAAGAAAGGAGUCAUUAUUUCAUAUUGACUUCAGAAGUUUCAACCUGCAGAAAAGCAGGGGCAAGUUCCCUACUAAACAGCUACAGUCUUUCAGUGGAUGUUUGGCGCAAGAAAGCUUAAAUAUUUCUAAGUUGCAAAUGUCUGCGUGCAUUCCUUGUCAUUGCUGCACUGCUGACAAAGACAAUGGGGUUCCCUGUGUGUCCUUUAUGCUACCAUCUUAUUUCCAACUAGGAUCCUCUGUGUUUGAUAGCACAGAUCAUCAAGACCUCUCGGGUGAUGCUUCUAGGUCCACCUCCCAAUUGCUACAGGAGAACAGUUUAUCCUCCAUACAUGACAGUAGCUCUUUAAGCAGCUGUCUCUGUGCACAUCAGAAAACAACAGCAUGUUCCCUUGUGCCACCAGCUUUUUAUUCCUUUAAAUUUCUUCAGUGCCAAGAGUGGCUUCAAAAAGAACAUUUACUGCCACUGAUAGGAAGAGGACAGAUCCGCCUGUCUGCAGAAUACAAGUCAGGCAGCUGCACCCUUCGUAUACGGGUGGUGUCGGUGGAGGAUUUGUAUGACAACUUGUUUGAUGAGCGGUGCAUCCACUGUUGUGUUAUUUUGUGCUUAAUCCCAGGAAAACUACAAAGGCAGCAAAGUGCAAUCAUAAAAAACAGCAAAAACCCCAUCUUUAAUGAAGACUUCUUCUUUGAUGGAGUCACAGUUGAAGAUCUUAACAGCAUGUCCUUAAAGCUUAAGGUCAUUAAUAAGGCAUCUAGCUUGAAACGAGACACAGUGCUUGGCAGUAAUGAACUUCCUCUCUUCCAGCUAUUACCUCAUUAAAUGGAGAAAAGAAUUGUUAGGGUUGAAUUAAACAAAUUAACUGGUAAAGGUGUUAAAUGGUAAAACAUUUUAUGACAUACGUACCUGAAAUGACUGUAUGGAUAGCAAGUUUAAAAGCAUCGUGAGGGAAGGUAAGAAGAUCUUGUAUCUUCCAAUAUGCAUAUCUUUCAUCCUGAAUAAAGUAAGAGACGAGAGAUUUAAAGACAUUACAGCUUUUCAACUGCAACAAUAAAAUGCUUUCACACUUUGGACUUUUUAACGUUAUUGUGUUACAAAAUUGAAUCUGUAUUUCUUUCAAUUGAUCAACUAGUGCCACAAAAUGAAAGCAAAAUGUUAUAAAUUCUUGUAAAUUAAUUAUAGAUUAAUAAAUAGCAGAAAACAUUUAACUUCAUAAGUAUAUUUCUUCACUUGGUAAGUAAAGUGUAGAGUGACAGUUGUCAAAUAUCACAGAUACCAGAUGUUUCAUGCCUCUACCAGCCAUGUACACAUGUUCACAGCAUUCUGUUCUCUGACCACCUGGUGAAGAGCACUUUUCAGCUCCAGGUAUAUAUUGACAAUUUGAUAGUGGCCCACAUCAAAACACUAACUUCUUUUUGAAGCUUCUCUGGUUGGAUCCUGGCCACUUUGUUUAGAUCUUUGCCAUCCUGGAAAAUUACCUACCUCCAUAGACUGCACCUUGCUGGAUCCGUUUUGUUUUUUACAUUCACAAGUCAUCUUUGAACUAAUUCAUAGAAGCAUCC